CCACUCAUCUUCUUAUUAUUUCCUCCCAUUACAUUCCACUUUUGUUUGUACAGAUCAUCUGCUCAUAAUUUUGAAUCUUUUCGUUCUGAUUGCCGAAACGUCGACUCCUCUCGAAUUCCAAUUUCAGAAUAUUUAUGCAUUUUACACGAAAUCUGAAUCCCCUGCACACAAUGUGUCAUGUUUUUUUCCUUUCCCCCCUUUCCGUUUAAAAGGUAUGGAGUGUUUACGUUUCUAUAAGAGAUCAUGGUGCAGUGCCUAGAUGGAGUGAAGCAUCUGCUUUCUGCUAUUGUAAAUUGCUGCGAAUCGGAUAUCAAUAAACAACCCAGCGGCCUAGGAGAUCCCGAAGCUCUAGCAAGCGCGACAGUUUUUAGUGUUAGUGAAAUAGAAGCACUGUACGAAUUGUUUAAAAAGAUCAGCAGUGCUGUGGUAGAUGAUGGGCUUAUUAAUAAGGAGGAGUUCCAGCUUGCUCUUUUUAAGACCAACCAAAAGGAGAGCAUGUUUGCUGACAGGGUGUUUGACCUAUUUGAUGCAAAACACAAUGGGAUAUUAGACUUUGAAGAGUUUGCACUGGCUUUAUCAGUUUUUCAUCCAAAUGCUUCUAUUGAUGACAAGAUUGAGUGUAAGUCAUUAUUACAGUUGAUUCUACUCUGAUUUAGG